AGGAAAUGACCAGAGACUGAGGACACCAUACAGGAAAUGACCAGAGACUGAGGACACAGCAUAGGAGAUGACCAGAGACUGCGGACACAGUACAGGGAUGACCAGAGACUGCAGACACAGUACAGUGGAUGACCAGAGACUGCAGACAGUACAGGAGAUGACCAGAGACUGCGGACACAGUACAGGAGAUGAGCAGAGACUGCAGACAGUACAGGGGAUGAGCAGAGACUGCAGACAGUACAGGGGAUGACCAAGAGACUGCGGACAUAGUACAGGAGAUGAGCAGAGACUGCAGACAGUACAGGGGAUGAGCAGAGACUGCAGACAGUACAGGGGAUGACCAAGAGACUGCAGACAGUACAGGGGAUGACCAAUAGGCUGCGGACCUUUGGGGAGGGAAGGGGAUCGGGUACCUGAUUUUGACAGGAGUUGUCC